UUUUAAAUGUAGAUAUAAUAUAAUAACUUAAUGCCUUGUUUUUGUAUUUAUUAUAUACCUCCGAGCUUUUUAAUACGAUUUUAAUUUUAACACAAUUUUUGUAUACUUCAGAUUAAUACCUUUUAAUUUCCCAACCCAAUGUUUAAAAUAUUAAUUUUUAUUUGAUUUUUUAAUUUAUUUAUUAUUUUCAAAUGGUCAAGCCAGAUGAAAUUAAUAAUUUAACAACAUCAAACCUAAAUUCUAAAGAUCACAAAAAAGAUCUUCACGUUUCCUUCAAUAUCGAAGAAUCUAACCACAGAGAAUCCAGUUAUACAGGAUCUAACCACAGAGAAUCCAGUUAUACAGGAUCUAACCACAGAGAAUCCAGUUAUCUAGGAUCCAAUAAUACUGGGCCAAAUAGUACUGGUCCAAAUAGUACUAAUUUAGAUUUAAAACAUGAAGCUUAUGGGAGUCCAGAUUCUCCAAGUGUUAUGUCAGAUGAGGAAAUAGAAUUUCAUCCUCUAAAUCCUUUCCUUAAAGAUUCUAAAUUUUACCGUAAAAAGAAUGAAGAUUACGCUACAAAUUCGGAAAACGAAUACGAAGAAUCGGAAGAGGAGGAGAGCCAGAAGAGGUCUGAAAAAUCUGACCUCGAUCCCAAAUCUAAAAAGAAGCAGAAAGUGUUAAAACAAGUUGUGAAGGAGAGUUACAUUGACACAAUGGCAGAGGAAUCCGAAGCAUCUGAGCUGGAAAGUGAAGAAGAUGACUACGAUGAUGAACUUGAUAAUGAAAUCCCAGAAGAGCUCAGAGAUUUCAUCACAGAUGAAGUCGUGGAAGAUUACGAAGAAGAAGCAAGUGAUGUCGAGUACGAUCCACUCAAAUUCGAUGAAGACGACCUCGAACUAAUCGCAGAAAACACCGGCACCAAAUUAUCCAAAGGCGACUUUGAUGAUGAGGAGGAUAACAAGCGGUUGCGAAGGUUGAAAAAGGGAACAAAGAAGUCCGAGCCUGAGGCUGAAGAUUUGUGGUAUGACGAGGAAUCGAAUCAGGAAUUUGAGCUGAGUGACGUUUGGGCAACUGUUGCAGAGUGUUUUGGCCAAGUUGAUUUGGUAGUACAGAUACUAAAAAAUGAACGGAACCCAAACAACGCACCAGUGGAACAGUAUGACUCAGAUUAUGACCCAGACACUGACCCAGACAAUGAACCGGCAAAUGACGUAGAUGAAGAAUUGGUUAACAGAGUUGAAACCAUCAAAAUCACACCGUCAGAACCCGAAAAAAAUCUUGAACAAUUGAUCGAUAUUGAUGAGUUGCAAAAUGAGUAUUUAACAAAAGAGGAUGAGGAGAUAAGGCAGGUGGAUGAGCCGGAGCGUUUGUAUAUACGUUACCGGAACAGGCCAAGGCGUACAGAUGAACGUGAGAUACAAAGUGAAGCGCAAUGGAUGACAAGAAGAUUAAUGCAAGAAUUUAACAUUGAUUUAUCCAAAGACAGUGUGAAACGAACAUAUGAAAAGAUAUUCAGGGGGACUUACACCAAUAAUCACAACUCAGUGGCAAGUGAUGUUACAGAGAAGUGUGAACUUCUUCUCAACUGGCUACUCAAUGAACGUUUCGAAGUACCAUUCAUACUAUACCAUAAAAGACAUUUAAUUUGUCCACCACUCACAGAUUCCAUCGUUUGGAGAGUUUAUCAACUGGAUCUCGAAUGGGUCAGAUUAAACACGUUGUCCAAACAGAUCCAAACUAAAAUUGGUAAAAUCGGACAUGAAAAUCUUUCUAGUGAUAUUCUCUACUAUUCUACCAAUUUUGACCACAUCAAUGACCUAAACGACGUUAACAUACAUCUUUUAUAUCAUCACAAAUUGGACACUGAUUUACCACAGGAUACUGAAUCAGAGGAUGCUGAAUUAGUAGAGGACACCGAAUUAGCAGAGGAAACAGAAUCAGUAGAGGAUACAGAAUUAGCAGAGGAAACUGAAUUAGCAGAUACAGACUUAGAGGAAAAGAAUGAAGCAGUUGAGAUGAUGGAGGAGCUGCAUGAGGAUACGGAACGAGUUGAUAAGGAAGUUGAGUAUCAGUAUGAUGAGAUUUUCGGUGAUUUCGAACCCGUUGAUAAUCCGACACAUAACAGAUCAUUACCCUCAACACCAAAUACGCCAACCCUUGACCUUGACGAACCCGAAGAUAUUACUUCCGAUUCCAUAUCCGACACAAUUCCCUCCGAUUCCACAUCUGACUCCAGAUCUGACUCAACAUCUCACACAACGUCUGACACAAAAUCUGACUCAACAUCGGAUUCAGUUCUCUCUGGUGAUGAACGGGAUUUGGAUCAGGUAUCAGAAGUUGAGAGUGAGGACAGUGCUGAUAUGGCAAUGGACAACGAUGAAGUUGAGACUUCGUUAAUGUACGAGAGUAAGGAAUUGAAAGGUGACUUAAAAGCUUCAGACCAAUUAAAUGACCGAGAUGAACAUCAAUCCACAGAUAACACGACAAACUAUAACAUGACAAAUUAUACCACGACAAACUAUACCACGACAGGUACCUUAACUAACCAUAAGGAUGUGGACGUGAAAAAGUCGGUGCGAAAGUUGGAAAAGCCUGUUUUGAGAGUCAAGUUGAAGAAAAACUCUUCGGUGUAUUUGGUGGAGAAUAUUGAAAAACUUGGCUUGGAUGUGAUUUGCACGAUAAUACCGACGGCGGACGAGUUUUACAAAUUGCUGGAUAAGCACUUGAUUAACACGGGGCACAGAGACUUUAGACUCACAGAUGUGAAGGAUCUUGAUUUAGACUUUACCGGGAUGAAUUUUGACUUGGAUAUUGAUCAGCUGUUUUCGCCAUUCAUGACAGGGCCUUUUUCAACCAGUAAGCACCUGUUCAACUCAAUCGUUGACUAUUAUUGUACCAAGUAUAGCACUCACAUUUCUAUUCGAAGAUUGUUUCGAGAGUAUUUUAGAAACUACUGUAGCAUAACUUGUGUGACAACGAUCAAGGGUGAGGCGUCUCUGGAGGUUACAGAUAAUUCCUGGUUUAUCAAGAGAAUGAUGCGUUUGCCGGUGAAUAAACUGUUGAAAACGUUACAAACGCAGUAUAAUUAUCCGUAUUACCUGGAGAAAUCAGAGCGACAAGCAUAUGUGCAGAGAAAGACAAAUAACCUAAAGUUGCAAGAGAUGUAUUUACACAUGUUAAAAUUACAAGAAAGCGGUGAAAUUAACAUAUUAUUCCAUCCACUGACACCACUUGAUAAUUUAUACCACAAGUCUGACCAGUACAAUACGAGGAUCACAAAUUUGUACGGCACCAUUGGUACCACAGUGUCAGCUGACCAUGAAACUGACACCGUAAAGAAUUUAAUAAACAGGGAAUUAAUAUUAUUAAGUAAUUUUUAUGAAAAUGACCAAAAGUAUAUUAACGGGAUGGUAAAACAGUUGGUGGGUUUAUUUCAAAAAUUCAAGUCCGAUACGGCGCCAGAAUCAGACAUUUCCCAGGAAGAGGAUUAUUUUGUGUCAAACACUUUGGAUAUGAGUUCAGUAGGUAAUAACUUUUACUUCUUCAUGUGUAAAACGAUUUUGACAAGGUUGUUUCACAAGUACUUGAUACCCACGUAUAAGAAGGAGAUUAAGGAAUUGUUGUAUCACACAUCUACGAACACGGUGUUGUAUAAUAUACAGUUGAAUUUCCUAAACCAGCUGGAUAUGAACACGUCCACAAUCCCCGAUAAGUUUAUCCCAGAGUCAGAAAAGUCACCGAGGGAAACUAAAAGAGGUAGUAGGAGAAGUAGUAUUGAGCGGAGAAACUCACAAUUCAGUGACAGAGACGAGACGGAGCUGACUGAGAAUAGCGACAACGGCUCAGUAAUGACACUGAUAGCAAAUAACGAAGGCUCUGACAUUUACAUGUGCAUCUACGGUGCCACCUCUGUAUACAUAACAAAGUACACCAGUAUCCUCAAGUACAUGGUGGAAAACGAGUCAGACACCAGACACAACAACGCCAUGCUCAAUAACUGGUACAAGAUCAUCAUUGACCUGAUUAUUAAACAUGACGUCACAGUCAUGAUCGUAGGACUAACCAAUUUGUACUCUUUAAAUUUAUACUACGCACUGCACAGAAAUGUACACAAAUACAACAAUGUCAGACUUAUCAAAUAUAGCACCAACGUUUCACACUUGAUUGUGCUAAAAUAUAUAAACUCUAACCAGUUUAACUCCAACAAGUUUAACUCUAGCGGGUUUAACUCUAACAAGGUGAAAACCGGUUCUUCCAUUGGUUUGGGCGGUUCAGGGAUAUAUGAGGUCAUUUAUAGCCCAGUCUAUUACAUAUUGUUAUCCCUGAGCACUAGCAGACUGUAUAAGAAUUAUACUAUGGAACUGGUAGAGUUAUGGGACGAGAAGGAUAAUUACCUCCUAAAGCUUAAUUAUCAUCAUUUGCAGGGUAUGGUAUCCAGGGAUAAACUCCAGGAAUAUAUCAACUACGUCCUAAUGCUAUGGAUUAACAAGUAUGGAAUCCAUGUUAACACUUUGCUGAGUUAUCAUAAAAAGUGGAAUUUCGCUGUUCAGUAUGGGAGUAACAUAACAGUCUCAGAGUCAGACUACAUUAACACGUUCAUCGACUAUAGAAAGAAUAUACAAACGUAUCUUUCAUUUAUUUGUGGAUUAGGGAUUCGAAAGGCUCAGAUGCUGUUGAGCAGGUUAAGGAACUUUGUACCCACUAGCAGGAAUAACAUGUUGGAACUGGUUGGUAACUUGGUAUUCCACAACAUGGCCUCGUUUAUAAGGUUCAGUCACUCUGUAGACUCUUUGGACACUACAAGAAUACAUCCAGUGGAGUCCGGAUUCAUAGCACAGAAAUUGUGCAACGGAUCCCUAGACGAUAAACUUGACGGAGAAGACUCAAUUCAUGAAAUUUUAGCUAAUCCAGCCAAACUAGACGAGCUAGAUUUAGAAUCGUAUUCCGUACUACUGUGUCAGAAACAGGACAUGACAAGGAUGUUUCCCUAUUUAUUAUUUAUUAAACAUGAGCUACAGUUUCCAUAUAACGUGAGAUUCUCAGAUCCGUCAGAGACACAGUUGAAUGGCAUUGCCAAACCCCUCAAUUCCAGUAACACAGUUGGCUCUUUAGACGAAUUUGAAACCUUUUACAAUGUGUUAAAACUGGAUAAAAAUGUGUUCAAACACGGGACUAACGUACUGUGUAAAUUUAACUAUUAUUACAACAGUUCCAGGUAUAAUCUGACAAUACUGCCACACCAGCUCAAGGGAAACGCCACCGACAUGCAUCACUUCAAAGUGGAACUAAACAAAGUCAACCCAGCCUCACGACACACCAAUCUCACCAAUGAGGUGUUUUACGGACGGGUGUUGGAGGUGGACUUUAGGCCUGUGGUAUUGGAGAAUGGAAUGUACAACUAUAAAGUUGGCAUUUGUUUAACAAAUGGUAACAAGAGAAUGCUGCUGAAUCGGUUCCUAAACAACUUGUACGACGAUAAUUUGGGAGAAUUCCUGUCACCCCUCGUCAAGUUCGAUGUCAACUAUAACAAGUAUAAUAACCUACAAAACGUCCACAGGAGGAAACUGCAAUAUAAAAGAAUUAUACGACACCCACUCUACAGGAUCUGGAACCAUCAAAAAGUCCUAACAUACCUCAAACAAAUCGAUGUGCCGAUUGGCGAGUGUUGUAUAUGUCCGAUGAAUGAGUUGGAUAAGUUAAACUUGAUAAUAAAGACGUGUGGUGACCCGUUCAACUAUGUGACAUUUGUGAUUUACGAGAAGAACCAGCGUGUGCCAGGCGAGUUAGGGAGAGAAUUAUACUUACAAAAUGAAAAGUACACAAAUCUGGACCAAAUCUCAUCACAGUUUGUGGAAAUCCUAAAGCUUAACUUGGAGGAAUGUUACACACAUCCGAAGUUUAGGAAUAACCCCGACGUUGCCAAGGUGGAACGUGAGUUGAUCCAGGAAAGCUCCCUGAAACCAGACAACAUCACCUGGGCCAUCAUCCCCUCAAUGAAAAAGGGAUUUAACAACCCGCUCAAGUUCAUUUUAAUCGUAAUUCCGCCCGGAUUUAACCUCAUUUCAGAGGUUAAAAGUCUUCAAGAUCCGAUCUACGUCACACACAAAUCUUUCAGACUCUGGACACAUGAAGAAAAGUCACUAAAACAACUAAUCUCCUGGUGGAAGGAGUACGGAUACUGGCACCGAAACACCGAAAAAAAUAAAUUCCAACAACAACGCAAAUGA